GUUACUCUACUUCACUGCUCAUUGCAUUAACAACAUUUGAAAUAUGCAAUAACAAAAUAAGGCAAGCAAACGUCACCAAAGACGAAAGUACGCUCAUUUACGGCCAUCUCGAGUUAUCAGCUCAGCCUCGCACCUGCGAGACGUAACAAAAGAACGAACGCACACAUGUCUUGAGGGAAAAGUGGGCGAGCGUCGAGGCGGUGGUGGGUUGCUGUGUCGCUGUGUCACGCGCCUGGUUUGUUUGCAGAUGGAUUUGUUCGGGUAAUUAGCCGAGGCGAUAAUGCCCGUAAUACGGCGGACCGAGCAGCUGGCUCAUCUGGGCAGUGACGAAGAGAGGAGACCGCUCUUCGAGUCUGAACAGUUCCCCUCCGCGUCGGGAUGCAUCAACAGCAGCCAUGGCAGCGAGGCUCCGUGCAUCAAGACAAUGAGGGAGCUCGGUACCCUCAACCUCCUCUCCCAGAAGUAUGAGAGCCUGGACUAUGACCCUUGCGAAAAUGCGCCUUACAUGGACGAUCAGCGGUCAACCACCUUCAGUCAAAUCCGCAAGACCAACCAGACACGAUGGUUGGUGAUCCUCGUCAUCGGCAUCCUGACGGCCGUCACGGCAUGUCUCAUCGACAUGUGCAUAGAGACCAUCUGCGACUACAAGUUUGACCUGCUCCAGCACUGGAUGAACCAGUGCAUCCGAGACGACUGCAUCAUCGUUCCCUACCUGGCCUGGGUUGGCAUGAACGCGGGGGCGGUCCUUGCUGGCUCCGCGCUGGUUGCGUACGUCGCCCCCGUGGCGGCGGCCAGUGGCAUUCCUGUGAUCAAGUGCUACCUGAACGGUGUCAAGGUGCCCGAGGUGGUCCGUUUCAAGACCCUGCUGGUCAAGGCGGUCGGCGUGGUGCUCUCUGUCGUCGGAGGACUGGCCGUCGGAAAGGAAGGACCAAUGAUCCACUGUGGAUCUGUGAUAGCGGCCGGCGUGUCGCAAGGAAAGAGCACAACAUUCCGAAAGGACCUGAGGGUCUUCAAAGACUUCCGCGAGGAUCACGAAAAACGAGAUUUCGUGUCUGCCGGCGCGGCCGCGGGUGUGGCUGCUGCUUUUGGAGCUCCCGUAGGCGGAGUCCUGUUCAGCUUGGAGGAAGGGGCGAGUUUCUGGAACCAGUCUUUGACAUGGAGGAUUUUCUUCUGCUCCACCAUCUCUGCAUUUUCGUUGAGUAUGAUCCUGAGCGCAUUCCACGGCCAUGCCGGAGAGCUGUCCUUCUCCGGCCUGGUCAACUUUGGGGAGUUUGAGGACGUCCAGUGGAACAUUAUGGAACUUCCCAUCUACAUUGUUAUGGGAGCUACUGGAGGCCUUUUGGGAGCCAUUUUUAACUAUGUCAACUUCAGGCUGACAGUCUUCAGGAUCAGGUACCUCUACCGUCGCUGGACAAAGGUGGUGGAAGCAGUGAUGGUUGCCGUGGUGACAGCCUCGGUGGCCUUCCUGAUGAUUGACGUGUCCACGGACUGCAGGCCGCACAUGGACGAAUUUAAAGACGACUCUCUUCAGUUCAACUGUUCAGAUGGGCGGUACAGCGCACUCGGCCAGAUCUGGUUCCAGACGCCGGAAGCGAGCGUGCGCAGCCUCUUCCACCAGCCAGAGGGGACGUGGAGCGCCGCCACGCUGGGGGGCUUCUUCGUGGUGUACUUCUUCCUCAGCUGCUGGACGUACGGGCUGAGCGUGUCCAGCGGAGUCUUCAUCCCCACCCUGCUCGUGGGGGCCGUCUGGGGCCGCUUGCUCGGCAUUGGCGUGCGCGCCAUUUUCCCCACAGCCACGUGGGUGAACCCGGGCAAGUUUGCGCUGCUGGGUGCGGCAGCCACGCUGGGAGGGGUGGUGAGGAUGACCCUGAGCUUGAGCGUCAUCCUGAUCGAGGCCACCCGCAACAUCACUUUCGCCCUGCCGAUCAUGAUCGCCCUCACCGUGGCCAAGUGGGUCGGCGACUUCUUCUCCGAGGGUCUGUACGACAUCCAUCUGCAGCUGGCGGGAGUCCCCUUCCUGGGCUGGGAGGCGCCCUCCAAGUCAAGCCACAUCUCCGCCAGGGAGGUGAUGGGUUACCCCGUGAUCACCUUCCGGAUGGUGGAGAACGUCGGGAACAUCAUAGACGUGCUGGCCUCUUGCCCCCACAAUGGCUUCCCGGUCGUGGACACUCCGGAAGAGCAGUCUAGCGAGGAGCACUGCUUUGGCCGCUACAGAGGCAUCAUCUUGCGAUGGCAGCUCAUCGUGUUGCUGCAGUACAAGAUGUUCCACAGCAGUGCAGAGGGUAGCUGUGUCCGGAACUUGGGCAUCAAGAAGUUCAGGGAUGCCUACCCCCGCUACCCUACCAUACAGCAAGUGCACGUGUCAGUUCACGAGCGCGAAUACAGCAUGGACUUGCGGCCUUACAUGAACUCAUCGGCCUACACCGUCUCUCAUACUGCCUCUUUGCCGAGGAUCUUCAAGCUGUUCCGAGCCUUGGGGCUGCGUCAUCUCGUGGUUGUUAACAGCAGUAACAUGGUUGUGGGCAUCGUAACGCGGAAAGACCUGGCGCGGUACCGCACGACCAGCCACUAUGGACGACUCAGCAUGGAAGAGCUUCACAUCUCCCACGGGUGAUCGGCGCUCAAGUUGCCCUUCACCCAUCAACUGUGAUAGCAGCUUCUCAUGUGCCAGUGUAAGCAGCCAGAGUGCGCUCCGUGAGAAGCACAUCACUUUCCCACGAUACUCGCCGGGAACGGAAUCACUUUCGGCGACAGAGCGGGUAUACAAGGUCCACUCUACGCCACAUACUCUUUUAUGCUAGUGGAACGAAAAGUAAUUGCCGACGUUAGAAGCUAGAAUUUGCCACAAAUGCGUAAAUUUGCUUCGGUUUUUGUCUCGGAGAGUUUCCACGCACAGAGUCUAGACUCUGCAUCAGCCGUUUCAUGCAGCGUUGUUGAGGAUUGCCUGGCUUCCGCGCUGCUCCAAUGCUUUCAAAGAAAUGUGCACUACCGCACGUAGCUUUGACAGUGUUCUCACAGCAGUGUUGGCAGUGCGGGACUGCAACGACGCGGAAGCCACGCUGGUCUCGACAUUGUAGCACAGAAUAGUUGUUGCCGGGUGUAGUAAACAAAAAAGUCACUGUCGUUCAAUGGCAAGUUCUCGUUGAAGCUGACAGAGGACCCAAGGCUUGCGUUACUUGGAAAGGGUUUGGAAAAAGUUAGAAAACAGUCAGAUUUCUGACACGAUAGGUUAGAUCUGUUUGCAUAUUUAAGUGUGAAAUUCAUCGUAGUAAUGUUUUGCUGCCACAUUAGUUACAGCAUUUCAUAUUUGUCGAAUGAUUCUUGCCUGCGUUAACGAGCGUUCAUUGUGAAGUCGGGACAAUGUUAUCGACUGUUUAUGGAGUUGCACUGUAUGAAACAUAGAAAUUUGCUCGAAUACGAAUCGGAACUGAUUAACACAUUUCUGGUAGAUUGCAGCUACAUCCGCUGAGUGUUGCUCUAGUAUCGGCUUAUCUUCUUUGUUACCUUGUCGGAGUUGUUGUUAUGUAGGAGUUGGCAAACGGCUGUUUAAUGCUUUGCCACGUUUUUAAUCCGCAUUUCGUACGCACAGGUGCCCUUUCACCGAAACCGUUUUCUCAGAGUGACGUCGCUUUUGCCGUAGUGCAUUGCAAACCAAAGCAGUUUUUUUCUAUUGUUCCCGCAACAUGUUUUCUGUGCGUUUGUUCCUAUAGUGCUUGUUGUCGGACGGGUAAAACUAUGUCUAGUCAUGCCAUAUUGUCAAGGCGAGGAAUGAUUUCAAUGCAAUGUUUUGCAAGAUUCCGUGUUGUGGACUGUUUUCCGACCUGGUGUGAUUGCCGGAUCCUGGAAAUGAAUAAAGCUAUAUAUACUUUCUUUCU